GGUCAGUGUUCCUAUUUUCGCAGACUGCAACAGUGUUCUCCCCACCAAGUCAGAGCUUUAUAACCGAGAAAUCUGACCUUGUCUUCCUGUUCCAUCCCGUUCCGUUCAACGUCUGCCAGGAAGUUUCAUCGUGGAAUAUUUUGACGUUUCGUGAAUAGUGACUGAAUCUUAGUACCGACUCUUUGCGAAUCAGUACAAAAGGGAAGGGAAAAAAUUAUGGAGUGAAAACAAACAUUGUGAAAAUAAUAUUCUGUUCAAGGGUAAUUUGCAAUUCAUAACAUUCAGCAACAAAUUAGAAUGUUCCCGAAAACUGAUAUGCAAUGAAAUUCCUUUGCACUCUUUGGGAGUCAGAGAUACAAACACAUGAAGUAAUUCACAAUAUCAUCACCAUUAACGUAAAGUCUUUGGCGAAAUUCAGUUGAAGGGAAAUUUACUUGCAGGAGUGAAUGUUUGUUGCGUAUUUGUAAAGUAGCAGUUACACGGGAUUUUAAAGUUGGAAUGGCUUCAGCUAUGGAUGUUGACGAUGAGGAGGUAGAUUUCGCAGCAUCCAGCAGCACAAAGGGAGAAAAGAAACGUUUUGAAGUAAAGAAGUGGAAUGCUGUCGCGCUGUGGGCAUGGGAUAUCGUCGUCGAUAACUGUGCAAUUUGCCGUAACCAUAUAAUGGAUUUGUGUAUCGAGUGCCAGGCUAAUCAGGCGUCAGCCACCAGCGAAGAGUGCACAGUAGCAUGGGGAGUCUGUAAUCAUGCAUUCCAUUUCCACUGUAUCUCACGCUGGCUCAAGACAAGGCAGGUCUGCCCACUGGAUAACAGAGAGUGGGAAUUCCAGAAGUAUGGCCACUGAUGACAGACAAAGUUGUAUGUACAUCAGUUCAUCGAAGCACUGACAACGCCUGGAUUACAUCAGCUGACAGUGUUUCCAGUGGGAAAAAAGCAGAUGUUGUCUAAUACAUUUUUAAAUUUCUGAAAUAUCUCUCCUUAAUUGUUAUUAAUUAGUACUGAAUGUAAACAAAAUUUAUGUGAUUGUCAUGAAUGUAUCUUGAACUAUUGAUUGUGAUUUAGAUGAUGUUAAGCUUUCAAAUUCAUUUCUAGUUUUACUGGCCAUUAAAACUUUAUAAGAAGUUGUCAACCAAUUUCAUAGUAGUACUAAGAAUGGUAUGUAAAUGUAGUAUGCUUAGCUAUUGGUCAGUGCUUCUUUGGGACUGCUAUGUGACAUACCUGCCUACUAUGCUGAUCCUCCCAUCAUCAUCAUCAUCAUCAUCAUCAUAUCCAUCUCCAUGAUCAUGAUAACCACCACAACCACCUCCAUUACCACACCCUUCUUGUCACCACCACCACUACUACUACUUCAACUACUACUACUAUUUGGUAUUGUUUAUCAUAAUUGUUUAAUGUACAGUUUGCAUAGUGAAUGAAAUUCCUAAGUUUUGAUAGUCAAUAAUGUUAUUAUUUGCAAUAACAGAGCAUUCUUUCAUUAUGGAAGUUUUGUAUUGGAAUUAAUUAAAAAAGAUCUGCCUACA